CCCUCGGCGGACACCGUUGCCAGCCCCGGCAAUGUCUCCGCGCUCGUUGCUUUCGUAGGGUGCGGAGUUCUACCUUUUUUUCCCACGCUUGCCAUGGCGAGCCGAGGGGCCCGGCAGCGCCUGAAGGGAAGCGGGGGCAGCGGCGGGGACACGGCCUCGGCCGCCGACAAGCUGCGGGAGCUGCUGUGCAGCCGGGAGGCGGGCAGCGCGGAGCCGCGGCCCGAGUUAUCUGGGAACAAAGCCGGACAAGUCUGGGCACCUGAAGGAUCUACUGCUUUCAAGUGUUUGCUCUCAGCAAGGUUAUGUGCUGCCCUGCUGAGCAACAUCUCGGACUGUGACGAAACAUUCAACUACUGGGAACCAACACACUACCUCAUCUAUGGGAAGGGGUUUCAGACUUGGGAAUAUUCUCCAGCUUAUGCCAUUCGCUCGUAUGCUUACCUGUUGCUUCAUGCCUGGCCAGCUGCAUUUCAUGCGAGAAUUUUACAAACGAAUAAGAUUCUUGUCUUUUACUUUUUACGAUGUCUGCUGGCUUUUGUGAGCUGUAUAUGUGAACUUUACUUUUACAAGGCUGUGUGUAAGAAGUUUGGGCUGCAUGUGAGUCGAAUGAUGCUAGCCUUCUUGGUUCUCAGCACUGGCAUGUUUUGCUCGUCAUCAGCAUUCCUUCCUAGCAGCUUCUGUAUGUACACUACCCUGAUAGCCAUGACUGGCUGGUAUAUGGACAAAACUUCCUUUGCUGUGCUUGGAGUAGCCGCUGGGGCCAUCUUAGGCUGGCCAUUCAGUGCAGCUCUCGGUUUACCUAUUGCCUUUGAUCUGCUGAUCAUGAAACAAAGGUGGAAGAGUUUCUUUCAUUGGUCGUUGGUUGCUCUAAUGCUGUUUCUGGUGCCUGUGGCGGUCAUUGACAGCUACUAUUAUGGGAAGCUGGUGAUUGCACCACUCAACAUAGUUUUGUAUAAUGUCUUUACUCCUCAUGGACCUGAUCUUUAUGGCACAGAACCUUGGUAUUUCUAUUUAAUUAAUGGAUUUCUGAAUUUCAAUGUAGUCUUUGCUUUAGCCCUCCUGGUCUUACCACUGACUUCUCUCAUGGAAUACCUACUGCAGAGAUUUCAUGUUCAGAAUUUAGGCCACCCUUAUUGGCUUACCUUGGCUCCAAUGUAUAUUUGGUUUAUAAUUUUCUUCAUCCAGCCUCACAAAGAGGAGAGAUUUCUUUUCCCUGUGUAUCCACUUAUAUGUCUCUGUGGUGCUGUGGCCCUUUCUGCACUUCAGAAAUGUUACCACUUCGUGUUUCAGCGAUACCGCCUGGAGCAUUACACUGUGACGUCGAAUUGGCUGGCGUUAGGAACACUCUUCCUGUUCGGGCUCCUGUCUUUUUCUCGCUCUGUGGCACUGUUCAGAGGGUAUCACGGACCCCUUGAUUUGUAUCCAGAAUUUUAUCGAAUUGCCACGGAUCCCACCAUCCACAGCGUUCCUGAAGGCCGGCCCGUCAACGUCUGUGUCGGGAAAGAGUGGCAUCGCUUCCCCAGCAGCUUCCUUCUGCCCGACAAUUGGCAGCUUCAGUUCAUUCCAUCAGAGUUCAGAGGCCAGUUACCAAAACCUUUUGCAGAGGGACCACUGGCCACCCGGACUGUUCCUACUGACAUGAAUGACCAGAACCUAGAGGAGCCAUCCAGAUACAUUGACAUCAGUAAAUGCCAUUAUUUAGUGGAUUUGGACACCAUGAGAGAAACACCCCGGGAGCCAAAAUAUUCAUCCAAUAGAGAAGAAUGGAUCAACUUGGCCUACAGACCAUUCCUUGAUGCUUCUAGGUCUUCAAGGUUGUUGCGGGCAUUCUACGUUCCCUUCCUGUCAGAUCAGUAUACAGUGUAUGCAAACUAUACCAUCCUCAAACCCCGGAAAGCAAAGCAAACCAGGAAGAGAAGUGGAGACCGGAGAAGAGCAGAACCAACUUCCAGGAAGAGCUGAAAAUCCUGGGAUGGGAUGGCAGUGUUGAGCUGUUCUCCACACUCUGGCCUGGUGUCUGAGGACUGGCCUCCCUGGGGCCGGGUGGGCUUCUCCACCCAAGCUCCCUGGGAGCUCCUAGCAGAACUUCUCAUUCAAAUCCUAGUGCUGAAAAUGAGCACAGCCUAGUUGCCAACCUACAUGUCCUUUCACCUCCAGCAAGACUAAGCUUUUCUAAAGCACUUCACAGGACUAGAACCUUGUCCUGGAGAUAUCUCAGGAAAAAGGCAACCAUUUGAGGAACUGUGGCUUAAUUUCUUUAUAUAGGAUGCCUCUUAUUUUCAUUUAAAUCUGUUACAACAAGCUAUAACUAUGAGAGUUUGGUGUUUGUUUUUGUUUUUUUCAGUUUUAGCAUGCUUUCUUGAAUUCAAGACUUCCCUCUGUCAAGGUAUCAACAGACCAGACUAUAACUGUAUAGGACAUAGGUGGAGAAGAUUAAUUCUAUCAGUUGGUGGAUUUGAACGACAUCACAUUUUAAAGUAAUUUAUUCUGAGACCAUUUCUGAGAAAAUUAAGACUCUCCCUUUUUUAAACAACCCUAGUGAAAAAGACCAGUGUGUAUUUAUGGCAUCUAUUUUUGAGUCUCUCUAUUGCAAAGCACAUCCUGCAUGGGAAACCUCUAGUCAAAUAGGCAAUGAUAAGGACUUAAAUAGAACAUAAGUAUAUAUUUCACUUUGCCUUCACACACAGUAUUUCAUAGUUUACAAAGCACUUUCACAUUAUCUUAUUCAAUCCACACAGUCAUGACGUGAGGGAGACAAGGCAAGAGGUUUUAUCCCCAUUUUACAGAUGAAGAAAGUAAGACUAGAGGGCAGGGAGCAGAGGAAGGUGAGGUGACUUGCCCGAGGCCACACAGCCAAUAAUAGCGUUCGCACCACAACCUGGGUUGCUUAACUUCUCAUCUAGCGCUCAUCCAUACUCUACUUGACUACGAAAACAUGACUUGAAGGAAUGAUGAGGUUGGCCAGAGACCUGAUUGAUAACAUCACUUUCUAUUUUUAAGGAAGCAUUUUAUCUGGGCUUCUCAGUUCUGUGGAGCCUCCGGUCUGCCUGUGGGUCUGACCAUCAGCAGCACUCCAGCACGCAGCUUGGCCUGCGGCAGGAGAGCAGUGCUCAUGUUUGGAAGUCCAGCUUCUGUGCAACCACACAGGAUCCAAUAUCAGUUCCAUUUCCAUUCCUAUAGUCAGGCUGGGGUGACAUUAUAGUGCCUUAUUUCCCUAAGGGUAAUUAUGUUUAGUAUCUGCAGAUAAGAUGCAUUAAUUUUUCAGAGUUUCCAUCUUUCAUUUUUCAAAGAGAAGAGAUUUUCAAUAGGAACUGAUCAGAGAGGAGAAAAGAAGUGACAAGAAAAGAAACAGCUAGUUAGGUUUAAAGAGUCUCCUCACUGGGGUCCACGCUGACAGAAUAUCUGGGGUGGGCUGGAAGCACUAGUGAGGCAAUGGGUCUAGAUCUUGUAGACGAGCUCCCUCCUUGGAGAGGGAACAGAAACUCGGGUCCCACUGACUGCUUUAAGGACUUCUGGCAUUUAAUUUUCAAUACUUGAUUCCUGUUUCCCAAGGUAAAUAUUGGCACGUAUAGUCUGACUACCGUAUAGAGAAUUUUUAGUGAAAUAUCUUGCCAUACUUGCAGUAAUGGUAAACUGUCCUUCACAGUGGCUAGAGCUCUCUUUUUCUGCAAAAGUGAAUGAGAAAGUGCAGUAAUGGAGGUCAACGAUGAGCGGCGUUUUUCUAAUCAGAGUAGUACAGUGCUGAUCUGUUAUAUCAUCUUGCAGGUUUGAAAAAAAAAAAAAAAACAGCCUGCUGAGCAACAACUUACUGUAAUGUAGCACAAAAAAUGUCAUGAUUGAUGUUCUUUGCGAAUGUCAAUUGCUAUCUCUUUAAAACUUGAUUUGGUUUUCUCUGUCCUACAAAUAUCUUUAGUAAGAGCACAAGAAAUUGCAGAACACUGUGCCAAAUUCUAUGGGUAAGUUACAUAAAAAUGAGUGGUGUUUGUUGUGAAGGUAUUUUUCACAUGACAUAUAAUCACACUAAAGCUCUCCACCUCAGCAGUACAGGGAGGUUAGCUUUGCCUGGGAAAGUGUCUCAAAACACCGGAGCAAGUAGCAUUUCUCCUCCAGAGAUUCAGUGGUCAGCAUGAAGAUGAAGUAUCUGAAGUCCUUUUUUCUCCAUUGUUUGUUGACUAUCAAGGAAUAAGGGGCUGCAGAUUAUUGGUGGGAAUCUUGGAUUAUGGAGGUGAGUGAGGAAGUAGGUGGUGUUCGUUUAGUCACUAAGUUGUGUCCGACCCUUGCGACCCCAUGGACUGUAGCCUGCCAGGCUCCUCUGUCCAUGGGAUGCCUCCAGGCAACAAUAGGAAGUAGAUAUAUUGGCAAUUCCAGGGCUCCCUGAUCUCCAGAUCUUACGAUGCUGAGUUCCAUUACUGAACCAACUUGUGUAGUAGCAUCUGUUAUCAAAGUGGACCUGCCAACUGGUGGGUGUCAUCAGAUAAUAGAAAAGUGAAGACUGCACCCUUUAUUGCUGAAUUCAAGUUCAGAAACAGAUCAUCUGUUUUAAAUCAAGAUGGUUCUUGAUCCCAACCACUUAUUUGGGUCAUCUUUUUCUAGUUUGGAUUUUGGGGAAAGAACACCCUAUGUGAUCCUACAGCCUUGGAUCUGGAUUGACCAUUUGGGCAGAGCACAAAUGGAAAUCUUUUAUUGUGUUUUGCAUUUUGUGGGAUUUAUUGAAAUAAUUCACUGUGAUGGUGCCGUCUUCUGGCCAGUGUUGAGCAGCUCUGCUUUAAAUUUGGUUAAUUUCAUUUUCUCUGAAGAGGGAAAAGAGGGGUCACUUAAUCUUCACCUCCACCGGCAAAUUAAACUCAUGUGUUAAUUUCUUAGGCUCCUACAUUAAACACCUUGGGUAAACAGAUUAAUGGACAUGUGCUCAGCUUUCUUUUUUUUGCAGCAGCAUAGAGCUCUGACUUCCAUAUGGCAUUGUUGAAUUUCAGAGGCUCUCUGGUGUUUUGGUAAAUAUCAAUGGAUGUUGCCUUUGAUUUUUCCGAUAUGUAAUCUGUAUAAUCCUGUGAUUCCUGCUGGAAGUGAAAUCAGGAAGCACUGCAGUGUUGAAGCAAGAGUUAUUGUUCAGGUCCUUUGUCUUCCUAAUGCUUGUACUUCAUUUCACAUGUCAGUGUUUACAUUACAUACUUGUAUUUUCCGUGAAAGAAGUUAAAUAAAUCUUGGCAGUUUGA